AUUGCUUGCUGCUGUAGUUGGAACAUACAGUGUAGCUACAGAAGCGCAUUCUGGCAGGGACUAUUUUUCCUCACCACCCCUCGGAUGUAGCUAGCAUUACGUUUUGGCUUUAAUUGCUCAGUAGUUACCACAUGAAAAUGUGUAAUGGCGCAUUUCCAAUAACAUUAUGCCAUUAUAAACGAUACUUUUAUGGCUUUAAAGAGACUAGCUUGUUAACCGAGUGACUGAGUUAUGAAUUGAUAUUCUGAACCCAGUGUGUCAAUUGUCAGUGUAAUUUAAGCCUAGCUAGCUAGCUUGCCAGGUAGCUAGUUAUUGAGCAUGAAAACAGUUGCUGUUAUCUGCCAGCAAGAUGGCAGAUGCAGACUUAUUCAUGGAGUGUGAGGAAGAGGAGUUGGAACCAUGGCAGCAAAUGAAUGAUGAUGUGGAGGAUGAAGAAGUUGGCGUUAUAGAGAAUAAGACCAAUGCAGCCCCUCUCAGUGUGAUGAGUCCCAGCGCCUCUUCUGUGGCCAUAGUGCCCCCUGUUGCCACUCCUUUGGCACUGCCCAUUGUAUCAACACCCUUGGUUGUCUCCAGUGCAACCGUCGCCAGUGAUGGCAAGAAGUCCAUGGUUUCCCUGUUCACCAAUGCCACAUCGCCAGUUUCCUCUGUGCUGCCUCCCUCGGUGGCACCUCAAGGCAUCCCACACUCCAUGCCCUCGCUGGUGCCCCCAGGGCUGCCCAAGCCCGGCCCUGGCCAGCAGCUGAUCCUGACACAAAGCCCUGGGGGCCUCAGCACUGUGGCUAUGUCACAGGUGCUACAGCCUAUGCAGAUGAUGCCCACUGCUGCACCCGGCCCCGGUGCUGCCAACAACCAGCCAAUAUUCUUCACCACACAGGGGUUCCCGGUACGAAACGUGAGGCCUGUUCAGAACCCGGUCAACCCACUAGGGAUCGUGCUGAAUGUGCAGCAGGGGCAGACGGUGCGGCCCAUCACCCUUGUGUCAGGAUGCUACUGUUACGGUCAUGACUCGUUACUUUCCGGAUGGAGUUCCCGGGACAACGUACCCGGUUGUCCCUCCCAUACGGCGGCGCUGCUGGCAGCCCCGGGCGCUCAGUUCUUCAAGCCGGCGGUGGGGGUGCCCCAGGUGAUGCCCCAGGUGGUGCCCCAGCCCAUGCGCCCUGCCAACCAGGUGGCGGCGCGCCCGCCGACCAGCUCCUACACGACGGUACAGAUCCCGGCCACCCUCACCAUCCGCAGCACCGCCCCGCUGACCCAGCCCCUCACCACCAUGGCGGCCACCGCAGGCACUCAGCCCCUCCAGUCGCCUGGGCCCCCCUCCAACGCGCCCACCAAGCUCGGGUCCCUGGGCAAGGAGACGGGAAGGAGCCGGCGCUUCCUGAUGCAGGGGGACACGGUGCUGGAGGUACAGGAGCCGGGGGACGAUGAAGUGAACGUGUGUAACCUGGUGACUGUUAAGCAUGGAGACAACAAUCCGGACGUGCAGAAGCUGAUGAACAUGGUCAACACGGUCGGCCCACCCCCAGUGGCGCAGCCGCAGGCCCUGCAGGUUGUUAUGGCCAACAACAACGGUCCCACAAACGGACUGAACUCUGCCCCCGCCUCAGUGCCUCCCUCCUCGCCCCUCGACAGCAUUAAAGUGGGUCCUGCCACAUCCGUACCUUCCACCCAUGCCUGCCCACGCUGUGGAGCCCAGUUCAGAAUGUUGGAGGCUCUUCGGGGACAUAUGUGUUUCUGCUGUCCAGAGCUGAGUCUGAAGUCAUCGGAAGGCCCAAAGCCCGUGACCACCAACAGUGCCCCCGUCCCGCGGCCCGCCGUGACCCCGCCCACGCCACCCAAGCCGCUGCCGACGCUGACCUCCACGGGCCCGUCUCCUCAGCUGGCGGACCGAAUCCCCAGCGCUGCCCUGGACUCCCAGGGCAAGCUGAUCAUGCUGGUGGACGACUUCUACUACGGCACCUGUGAAGGCGUCCGCGGCCGGGGCUCCACGGAAGUGCGCGAGCACAGGCUCUUCAAAUGCCUCAGCUGCGCCAAGAGGCUCAAGAACAACAUCAGGCUGAUGAAUCACAUGAAGCACCACGUGGAGCUGGAUCAGCAGAACGGGGAGGUGGACACCCACACCAACUGCCAGCACUGCUACCGCCAGUUUCCAACACCGUUCCAGCUGCAGUGCCAUCUGGAGAGCGUGCACAGCCACUACGAGUCGACCACCAAGUGCAAGAUCUGUGAGUGGGCGUUUGAGAGUGAGCCAGUGUUCCUGCAGCACAUGAAGAACACCCACAAACCAGGAGAGAUGCCAUACGUCUGCCAGGUGUGUGAGUACAGGUCCUCCUUUUACGCGGAUGUGUACAACCACUUCCGCGCCUGGCACGAGGACACCAGGAAUCUGCUCUGCCAUUACUGCCUCAAAGUCUUCAAAAACAGCAAUGCCUACCAGCAGCACUACAUCCGCCACCAGAAGAAGACGGUGUACCACUGCAAUAAGUGCCGUCUUCAGUUCCUCUUCACCAAGGACAAGAUCGAUCACAAGAUGUACCACCACAAGACCUUCCGCAAACCCAAGCAGCUAGAGGGGCUUAUGCCAGGGACCAAAGUAACCAUCCGGGCAUAUGCAGCGCAGAACAAGGCCACCAGGCUGCCCCCUGUGGCCCCGCCUGUGGUCUCCCCUGGAGUUCUGCCUGCUCCCACUGGAAGAGACACCCCCUCUCCACACGUGGGCAGAGUUGUCCCCAAGUCUGUGCAGACCCCCAGCCACGCUCAGAACAAACUACAAAUCACUACCAAGAAGAGAUCUGUCAGUAAAAUGCUGGAGCUGCUGACCAAGUUCCAGGAACAACGGGCAACACUAGGAAAACAGUUGUGUCUGGAGUGCAACUUUGAAGUCCCCGACUUCCCCAACCAUUACCCCACCUACGUUCAUUGCUCCCUGUGCCACUACGGCACCUGCUGCUCCCGCGCCUACGCCAACCACAUGAUCAUUAAUCAUGUACCUCGCAGCAGCCACAGAUACCUGACCAUGUACAAGAAACUAACACCGAGUGGGGUGAAGUUGGCCUGCGCGUCCUGCAAGUUCGUCAGUGGGAUGGGAGAUGAAAUGGCCAAGCACCUUGUCCAGAACCCCAGCCAUAGCUACAGUCUUUGCACCCGGAUAGAACAGCUGGAGUCAGAUUUUGAAAACUCCGAUGUUGAGGAGGAGGAACCGGGAGGGGAAGGAGGGAGUGAAGUUGAAGUUUUGGGGAAGCCACACUGUGGGGCCAUGAACUGCUCUGAGAAACAACUGAAGAGCCUCACUGUGCCAGAUUUUACAGACGUGUCUGGACCCUACCACUCCCUGAGUAAGACAAGUGAUGCCAUCGACUACUUCCACUUGCUCUUCCCAACCUCACUCCUGGAAGUAAUCGCUGAGGAGACCAAUGCCUAUGCCAUGUCUCGCCAAGUUUUGGGUCAGGGCGACCCAGGAUGGAGGCCUGUCACGGUUGCAGAGAUCCAAGGUUUCAUGGGCCUCAGUGUCCUGAUGGGUCUGCAGAACCUCCCGGAGCCUGAAAUGUACUGGUCCUGGCAGCACUGUGAGAGCUGCCUCACCUUCCUCAAGACAAUGCCAGCUAAACGCUUCCACCAGAUCUGUGUACACAUUCGGGCCUGCAGGGAGAAUGCGGAUUGGUCAGACAACCCCUCUGAUAGACUGCGUAUGAUUCAGCCCUUGCUCGAGGUGUUGGAGGACACUAUAUGGGAGACCUAUCUUCCCAACAAGUGUCUGACCAUCGACCAAGCUCUCCUGACCAACUUGGAGGUUGAGUGCAGUGAGGAGAAGCAAAGCAAAGGUCAGAUGCGGGUGUGGCUGCUGUGUGACUCCAAAUCAGGGUAUUGCCACCGCAUGCUAAUUGAGACCCAACAGGAUGAGCAGAAGGAUGGGGUGCCAGGCUCCAGGGUGGUACUAUCCCUUUUGAAUGGUCUUCAGGGCAAGAACCACCAAAUCUUUCUGGCCAGCUCCCUAAUAUCUUUCCCCCUCAUGCAGAAGCUGCUGGACCAGGAUAUCUAUAGCUGUAGCUCCUUCCCUCCACACUCUCCUAUGGUUCCCAAGGAAUUCUGGGAGCAAGGCCAGCUGAGCCAUUCUGGGGACUUCUUUCAGCAGGUGUUUGGCCCUGUACUGGUCACACGAUGGCAGGAUAGCAAGGAAAUGUGCUGCGUGUCGACUAAUUCUGAGCCAGGGCUAACCGACACUGUGUGGAGGAAGUCUCAGGUCAAAGCUGGUGAGCUUUGCCCCAUCCAGCGACCCAAGGCCUUCCGGCUGCUCCAAGAAAAUAUGCGGGGUGUGGACAUCUGCAACCAGCUGCAGGCCUGCAACCCUCUGGGUGGGCUGAUUCGGGACACGUGGUGGCGCUGCCUUUUCUGGUAUUUGCUCAACUUGUGCAUAGCGAACUCGUUCAUCUUGCUUCGUGAGAGCCGCAAAGACAGCCCUCCCCUGUGGGUUCAGGGCGGUCGCUUCUCCCAGGCCAAGUUUCGCAAGCGCCUAGGCCACCAGCUAGCCAAAUGCACUCAGAGAGGAGUUCGCAGGCAAUUUGCAGAAGAGCGGGGAGUUGCACCCAAAGGAGGGGAAGGAGGAGAAGUGAGGCACAGGCUGGAUAAAAUCACAGCCAAGACCAAGCGAUGCAAGAACUGCAGCGUGAAGAAUCUGCGACACGAGAGCGUGUUCGGCUGCAUUGCGUGCAGGGUCAACCUAUGCAAGGGCAGCCGCUGCUUCUGGGAGUACCAUGGCCUCUCGCCCCACAACAGAGUUCCCCCAAGAAUUGGAUUCACUAUGAAGAGGCAGGUCCUGUCACCAAUCAAAAACAGUCGCAGCCAGCCCUCUUAUCCACUUCCUGUCCGUAAACCCACCUUGGCUUCUUCAUCAAAAUGGGCACCUGAGGACCCUGUUGAAGUACUAGACCAGGAAAUGGCUCCUGUUGAAGACAUAGACACAGACACCGAAGAAGAACAAGAUGAAUGCCCUGGGGUCGAACAGGAAGUACAGGGAACAGAUAUCGAAAAAGAGACGACGUCUGCAGCAGAUAACAAACUUGUGGCUGAUGGUCUGGGGGGAGUGAAGGAGCGGGAGGAAACGCUGUCUGUGCGUCAGCUGAGGAUCGUGCUGUUUGCGCUGUGCUGUGGCAUCGCCCAGGCUGCUGAGCACUUCAGCACACAGACUCAACUGAUCCACACCUGGCUGCAGGAGAAGGAGCGACAGCUGGACCGGGAUCGACGCGGCGGUGGCGGGGAAGCCGUGGACCGCCUAGUGGAGUGGGUGCUCGCCCAGCGAGAGCAACAGCUGCCGGUCAAUGAGAAGAACCUCUUCCAGAAGGCCUCGGAAAUCCACAGCCACGCCAACCAGGGCAGCUCCUUCCGCAUCUCCUAUGAGUGGGCAGUGGGAUUCAUGCUGCAGCACGACCUGGGCCUGCAGACAACGGGCACAGUGAGCCGGCGCCUGCCUCGGAACACAGAGGAGAGCGCUCGGUCUUUCACAGAGUUUGUCCACAAGCAGAUCCAGGCUCACAACUUCUCCCUCUCUGUCAUCGGUGCCUUGGACGAGCUCUCCAUCUUCGUGGACCUGGAUCUGCUGGCCGACCCUGCUACGGUGGGCAAAGAGCCUGCGUUCCAGCUGGUGGGCACUGGAGAGUCUCUAAUUGACAUCUUUUUAGCCACGCUGGCUGACGGCACCCUUCUCCCAACCAUGGUCUUCUUCAAGGGCCAGCACCCAGGGAGGCUGCGAGCCGGAGUCCCCAGCUCCAUCCUGCUGGAGGCGAAGGUGGAGGGCUUCACUGAGGAGGAGGAGAUGGAUCUGUGGACAUCACAGGUGUGGCAGAAGCAUAUGAAAGCCCAAGGUGGGGGCAAGGGCAUGCUAAUAAUGGACUCCUUCCGCAGCCACAUGACAGACGACUCUCUGGCCACCCUCAGUGCUGCCAGCACCCUGCCAACGAUUGUCCCAGCUGGCUGCACCUGCCGCCUGCAGCCACUGGAGAUGUGCUUGCGGCCCGUGCUGCAGAGAUUCCUGCUGACACGCUGGACCAAACUGGCAGCACAGGGUGGGGCAGCAGGGGCCAGUCCCAAAGAACUAGUUCAGCUGCUGGUGGCAUGGCUGGUGGAGGCUUUGGCACUUCUAUCUGAACAGCCAGAGCUGUUGCAGCGCUCUUUCCAUGUGGCCAGUGUGCUGUCAGGAACAGAAAGCCACAGUACCCAAGCAGAGGCCCAGAAGGAGCUAGUGAACAGGCUCUCUGAGAUCUUGCUCGGACCUGAUGUAGCAGAACUAGUACCACCAGCAGAGGAGAGUAUGGUUACAACAAAAGAAGAUUCAGAGAAACAGGUCAACUCAGUUGAUGAGAAAAGGACACUUGAAGAAAAGGUGGAGGCAAAGGAGAAGAAGAAGGAAAACGAUACAGAGGUAAAGGAGGCUGAGAAGCAGAUAAAUGUCCAAGAAGUGGAGACAAUGAACGUCCUGGAUACAUCACAACAGGGGAUGGUAUGACGCAGCCUUCUUGGAGCAGCCUCUCAUCGCUUUUCGUGUUUUGCCUCCCGCCCCAUCCCCCCAAGUGGCUGGGCCCUGUGGAUCAGAGCUUCUCAUUACAAACAGAGUACCCUCUUUCAAGUCAUGGAGGCCAGGACUGCCGCUUGCAAGGUUUUUGUUGGGAGUUCUUUGGUGGCCAGAUUUUUGGUGGUUUUUGACUGAGAACAUUGUGUGGAAUCCAGGGGCAUGCGCCUACAGUGAGCUUGUGUAUGAGGACAAUGUUAUGAAGAGGCAUUGAAGAUUUAGUGCAGGUUCUUUGAGAUUCUGCUGUGUACAUUCAUAAAAUAAUAAAUGCAUGAUAUGUUUCUUACAAUGCCUUUUUGGUAGCUGGUAUACUGAACCCUUUGUGAACAGUAUUGACCACUGUUCAGUGGUCACAUUAUACUGAUAUUGGUGCUGUUUUAUUUGGUGAUUGUGUCACACUGUUAACCUUUGGCCCCUGUGAUCUGUACGGUGUCAGUGAUCCUACAUUUGCCUGAGCCUUGUCUCGCAACCUACAUUUUAUGAAUUUCUAUUGUAGUACAUUAUUACAAUAAUUGGGAGCUUGGUGAACCAAGAAAUUGAUUGGCAAAAUCAGUUCUUAUUGAUUGAAGUCACAUGUUGCACAUUUAUUUUUCAGACAGUCAAGUUGCUGCAACUGCCAUCUUUCUGGGCUGAGAACUUAAGACAUACUGAUGACAUGGCAGCUCAUGAAAUGUUAUGUUAACUUCUGUAUCCAACUUAAGAAACAAAGAACAUAACUAAUCUUAAACCGGAAAAAAUAAAAUAUUUACCUGCCAGUCCAUGUCAAUGAAAGAUAACAUUAGGUUCAUUAGUUAGGUAGAUUCCUUUUUUCUCAGUAUCGCUAAAAAAUCAAUAAACCCUAGAAAUAAAGAACUAUCAGUCAUCCUUGAAUGAAGAAUGUUUGGGGGUCCUGAUCAUUAUAUUUUGUGAUGACUGCAAGUGUUCUGAGGUGUCCUCCAUCAACCCAUAUGUGAUGAAUUUCCUCUAACAGCCCUACAGCCUAUGGCCCAAAGCAGAGAAAACAGGUGGGGUGUGUAACUCUUGCUUUUACAAGUAAUGCCUUUACACCAGACUGAGACUAAGGUUGUAGUGUUUUAAUUUGAUCCUAACUUGUGGAAUUUGAAGGAAGAUGGAUUACCGUCCGGUAAUAAACAAAAACCCUUUAUUGAUGAGUAGUCGCACUACAUAUACCAUAAAUGUAGAUAUCCUGUGUUUGUAGUAUUUCUACUUCUAUGAUGAACGCAAUCUAGGUAGUCACAAGGGAGCUGUUAAUAAUUUAUUAUUCACUGCUGUGCUGGAUUGGUUUGUUAUACUGGACUAAUUAAGAACUGAGGUGUAGGGUCAUACACCUUGGCCUUUUGGGACCAGUGUUAUUUAGACCUGCUUCUUAAAAAUAAAAAUAAAAAACAGUUCUUCAAUCAUUUAGAGAACAUCUAAAUUUAAUUACUUGUGAUAUAAGCUGGAGAUGAUGAAUUUUACUCUCAUUGAUUGUCUGAAAUAUGGUUAGUAUAUUAAAAUAUUGUAGUGAUAGACUGAAGAGUUGUAAACUGACACUGCACUGAAAGUUGCCAACUCUGAAAUCCAAUACAGUGCCCUCCAAAAUGAUUCAAACUCUUGAUCAAGAUGAGCCAAAAAGGCAGUAUAAAUCACAGAAAAUUCAUUUUAAAUAAAAUUGCUCUGAGAAAGUA